AUGCAGGCCUGGGCGAGCUGGGCUGCUUUUCUGGUCCUCAUAGGAGGUGCCUACUUCUACUACACCAAGAACGAACGUGCGGCGGCGGCGCGAGGCCGAACCACGACGCGCGCGGGCUCAGCAAAGGAGUCUAUGCAAUGGGCUGAGCCAGAGAAGAAGUCCAAAGCGGCCCCUAAGCAGGCAAAGGCAAAGGCGCCACGCAAGUCGGUCAAGACAGCUGUCCAGGAGGCCGGAAACAAAGCAGAGGCCUACUUGUCGUCGGCCGUUGGAGCUAGCACCGACGACGAUGACAACCGUGCAACCCAAGCUCCAAGCGGUCGGAGUGUUGCUGAUAUGUUGGAGCCCCAGGCAGCCGCUGCCGCCGUUUUGAACAUCAAGCCCUCCGGCAAGCCUGCUCGUUCCUCCAAGCCUCAAGCGCCAAAGGUUGAGGCAGUCCAGGAGUCUAAGAAACAGCGCCAGAACAGGAAGAAGGUGGAGGAGCAGAAGGCUCAGCGCGAGGCAGAAGAGAAAGAGCGUCAGGGACUCUUGGAGAAGCAGCGACGCACAGCUCGCGAGGCUCGUGGAGAACCAGCCAAGAACGGCGUUCCGAUUGAUCAGGCGCCCGAGUCGAACCCAUGGACCAAGAUCCGUCCUAAGGGUGUUGCUCAGGCACCAGAGGCAGUCCUUGGUGGCCAACUUCUCGACACCUUCGAAGCUGCUCCAACUGUCAGCUCCGUUACGGCCCCCUCUAAUGGUACUGCCCCCACCACUGGCUCUGCAUCGACCAGCGGCCACUACAACGGUCUGCCAUCCGAGGAAGAGCAGGUGCGAUUCGCGAUGGAGGAUUCCGCUUGGACGACUGUUCCCAAAGGCGGCAAGAAACAGAAGGCCAAGGUUGUUGGUGGCGAUUUGACCGACGAGGGCAGUGACUCUGGUGCCGCCCAGAAAUAUGUGCCAGUUCAGCCCACUCAGCCUGUUCGCCCCAAGGUUGCCGAGAACAAGAAGCCCCUUUCUCGCUACUCGAUCCUCGACGAGUCCUUCACGGCGAAGCCUGAUGACCCUGACGACUGGCCUGUCGUCUAG